CCUAGCUAAAUACCAAUAGCUUCCUCUUCUUGCAAAACUGAAAAUAAUCGUCGUAUUUUUUAUUUCUAUAUUUUCUUAUUAUUUUUCGAACAUUCUGCAUAUAAUCAGCUGCAGCUAUUGGACGUGCAAACAAGUGUUCUGGGCCAACAAGACAAUUUACAAAAAGUUUUUCCAAAUAAACUUAUUUUCUUAAACAAAAUUUUAACAAUAAAUUAAACAAUAUGCCCGAAAUAGAAGCUCCGCAAGUUAUAGCCGAAUCAUUGGUACAACAGGGUGUCGAAUAUGUUUUCGGCAUUAUUGGCAUACCGGUUGUUGAAUUAUCUAUGGCAUUCCAAGCGGCCGGUCUAAAAUACAUUGGUAUGCGUAAUGAACAAGCUGCUUGUUAUGCUGCUCAAGCAAUUGGCUAUUUAACGGGUAAACCUGGGGUGUGUUUGGUGGUCUCGGGUCCUGGUUUAUUACAUGUUACAGGUGGUAUGGCUAAUGCUCAAGUCAACUGUUGGCCCUUAAUUGUUAUUGGCGGUUCGACUAGCCAGGAUCAUGAGGGCAUUGGUGGUUUCCAAGAAUGCAAUCAAGUGGAAUUGUCUCGUCCCUACUGCAAGUAUGCUGCUCGUCCCCCUACUGUGGCUCUUAUACCUUUACAUGUGGAGAAGGCUGUACGUUAUACAACCUUUGGACGCCCUGGUGUUGCCUAUUUAGAUUUCCCCGGCAAUCUGUUGCAAUCUAGAGCACCCGAAGAGAAAAUUUACAAGACUUUGGCUCAUCCUUCGCCUCCCUUGGCCUAUCCCUCACAUGAUGAUGUUAUGAGAGCUGCCAAUCUAUUGCGUUCAGCUAGACGUCCUUUGGUGAUCAUUGGCAAGGGUGCCGCCUAUUCGCAUGCUGAAAAUAUUCUAAGACAUUUUAUAGAAAAUACCAAUUUGCCUUUCUUGCCAACACCCAUGGGUAAGGGUGUGGUAUCUGAUACUGCCGAUCAGUGUGUUUCAUCGGCUCGUACUUUGGCUUUGCAAAAGGCUGAUGUGGUCUUGUUAUUGGGUGCUCGUCUUAAUUGGAUUUUGCAUUUUGGCAAGCCACCACGUUAUGAUCAAGAUGUCAAGUUUAUACAAGUUGAUAUUUGCCCAGAAGAAUUGCACAAUUCCGUUACCGCUUCCGUGGCUAUACAUUCGGAUAUUAAACCAUUUGCCGAACAUUUGUUCGAACAAAUGAAUGCCAUUAAUUAUCGUUUCUCUAACGAUCAGGAUUGGUGGAAAACUUUGUCUACCAAAUGUAGACAAAAUCGUGAUUCCGUCCAUCAAAUGGCCAUGAAUACAGCUACGCCUCUUAACUAUUAUGCAGUGUUCCAUCAUUUACGCGAACAGAUACCCAAUGAUGCCAUCAUUGUUAGUGAGGGUGCCAAUACCAUGGAUAUUGGUCGUUCUAUGCUUUUGAAUACUUUGCCACGUCAUCGUUUGGAUGCUGGCACUUUUGGUACCAUGGGUGUUGGUCCUGGUUUUGCUAUAGCAGCUGCUCUUUUCUGUCGUGAUCGUUUCCCGGGCAAGCGUGUGGUUUGUGUUGAAGGUGAUAGUGCUUUUGGUUUCUCUGGUAUGGAAAUUGAGACUAUGGUUCGUUAUAAUUUACCCAUUACUAUUGUUAUUGUCAAUAACAAUGGCAUUUAUGGUGGUUUCGAUAAGGAUACUUUUGAUUCUAUACGCAGUGCUGGCGAUUUGACUCAAGUAACUCCACCCUCCGCUUUGGGUGUCCAGGUUCACUACGAAGAGAUGAUGAAAAUGUUUGGUAUGAAAGGUUUCUUCUGUAACACUAUUCCCGAAUUGCAAACUGCCGUCAAAGAAGCACAAAAAUUAAAAGAUAAACCAACCAUUAUCAAUGUGGCUAUAAGCCCUUCAUCCGAUAGAAAACCACAAUCAUUUAAUUGGUUAACUGAAUCCAAAUUGUAAAAGUAAUAAUCAAAAAGAAAAUUAACAAAUUCUAAAUGCAGCAAAAAGUAUGAAUUAUUUAUAACGCAAGUGUGAUGUCGUCAUCUGUAUUGUGAUUGUGGAUCUAUAAAAGAAAUAUGUCUUAAUACUUUAAAAUAAUGAAGCAUAAGAACGAAAA